GGACAACGCAAUCGUCACGCCACUAAACAACCACCCACUGGCAGAAUGAGGUAUUUGCUCUCUCAAAGGGACUGAGCACUCGUGUUGACAUCAAGAUCUGACCGUUGAUAGGUCAGCCUCUGAAUUCAUCCCUUUCAGGCUGUUGAUCCAUUCAUUCCUCUUUUGUUUGCACGCCAGAGGCUGCAGGCCAGGCUGAUGGGUGCUGUGUCGAGCUACAUCGUCUCCAACUACCACCCCGAGUGCCCGCCGAACACACACGGCCUGGGCGACGUCGACGAGUGCCACCACACCGCUCCCGACAGAGUCUUCGCCGCGCUGGACAAGUACCUCUUCAUCCGCAAAGCCAACGUCGAGGCCAUCAGGAAGGGCCCCGACGAGCCGCGGCUCAGCGGGCGGCUGUUCGACUGGUGCAUGACCUUCUGCCGCGACUCCCACUGCCUCCUCCCCGACCACGCCAGCGAGAUGUUCAGCCAGUGCAGACAGCGGUACCACGAGAGGACCACCGGGGGUGGCGGCCUGAAUGAGGACGAGAAGGAACACGAGAAGGACAAGACCUACCACAGCGGGCCCGACUACUGGUGCAGCAUCGUCAAGAAGGACGGCGUGCCCUUCAUUAUGAAUGGCGGCCGGCGUCGGUGUCCGCGGAGCUACUUCUGGUGCAGGCACCUCAAGUCGGUCAACGAGACGCAGUUCUGCCAGCGGCUGACGCGCUGCAUGCACCAGUUCGACCCCAACGCUCUCGAGUACAAGAAGGUGGAGGGCCGUGCGGCCGAUGCCAGGGAGGACAGCCUCGUGGGCGAGAAGAGGAAGCUCUUCAAGCUCUCCCUCCGACCCUAUCGGGUGCAGUACCAGCGCUUCGAGAACCGAUACCGGGAGGAGACCCACGAGGAGUGCAUCAAGCUGGUGGCCUUCCUCAACGGCGAGAACCCCUUGAAGGACAUGGACAAAGAACAGCAGUAUCGGGUGUUCUUUGGUGAGGGCAUCGACCGCAGCGAGAACCAGCAGCGGCACCUCAGCAUGGCGCACUAUGCCGUCUGGUGGGUCUCGCAGCAGGGCGAUGAGAUGCGCGCCAAGCUGAGGCGGGAGUGGGACAUCCUCCGUGGGAGGGCGCGUCGCAGCAACACGACGUGGAUGGACUACAUGCCGCAGAGGGAGGACUUUGCGUAUGGAUACGGGAGGAAGCACGGGUUCGGCACCGACAUUGACAACCAGGGCCUCAUAGCCAAGUAGCUCAGCUGCCCUGCCCAGGCUAUACGGGGCUGAGUGAGCAGUGAGUGGCUGGCUGUCGGUGUGCAGUGGGUGUGUCCAUGAGGGGGAUGCGUAAUGAGUAGUGGUGUGUGAAUCGAUUGUCAGUCAGUCGGUCAGUUGGUUGCUGAGAGAGGUGUGCAUAGGCGACCAGACGUGACAUGUCAUGACCCAAUCAAUGGACGUGUGCAAUUCAUCAAACAUGAAAUCGAUUGACG